AUGCUGAGCUCCUCUGCCUCCGCCGCCCAAAAGGGCCUGACGUCGUCGGGCCAGCCGUCACAGCAGUCUCAGAUACCCGGCCGCACCAGCUUUGACACGGGUCUCCAGCCUCCAAAUGGCGCCGGUGGUCGCAACCUGUCCGCCUCGGGCGUCUCUUUUGCGCCGCGUGGGAGCAGCCUGAAUCCUGGAGGCGCCCCAGGCAGCUUCAGUUCAGAGUUGCGCAGUCGUGCGGGCAGCCGAGGCGAUGCCGCGUCCAUGUAUCCCACCAGCUUCAUGGACAAGGUGGACGAGGACGACGUCGAUUCCCUUACAGACAAGGCCAUUGCAACCCUCAAGGAACGUCUCAACCGUGAGAUGAAGAUCAAGGAGGGCAGUGAGAACAUGCUCGAGGCGCUCAACUCUAAGAAAGCAAAGCAAGCCAAGGAGCAACGUCAGAAGGUCGAAGCCGAACUCAAUGCUAGCAACACGCGCAUCAAGGAGCUGAGGCAGAAAAUAUCUGAUACCCAGCGCACCCGUCAAGCUCCCCCAACGACCCCAACUCGAAAUCGUACCGGGUCCAACGUGGUCGAUCCAAGCGUCGUGCGCUCCCCACAGAGUGUGUCACGAUCUGCCGGUUUGGGAUCUGACGUUGAUUCGUCAACCGAGAGCCCGACAUUUGCGCUGACAGAGCUCCUUCAAGCGCUUGAGGUUGAGGGCAUGACGCCUGAAUACUAUGUGACUCGUGGCAAUCAGCUAGUCGACUUAUUCAAGCGGCACCAGACUCUCAAGUACGAUCUCGUCUGGUCCGUCUUUGGGCUCCGAAUGCAGGUUAUGCUGUUGAGUGAAAGUCGAGAGGUGGUUGCUGCUGGGUACCGGAUGACGAGAUAUGCCAUUUCGGAUGUGGCCUCACUUAAGAAGAUUCGCAGUUUGAACACAGACUAUCUUGUCAUACGGUCCUUGAACAACUAUCGAAAGGCAGAUGUUGAACGGGAACAGGCCCUCAAGUUUGUCCGCGCGUUCCUCGACGUGAAGGGUGGUGUUAAAGAGAUAUCCCGCGCAGUCGUACGAACUAUCGUUGCGGUUGCUGAGCACGGUGAAGAUCGUCGCACCAACGUCCAAGCCUCUGAACAGGAUAUUGAUCGGCUCCGCCCCAUUUGCAUCGAGACUCUGGCCGAGAUAUUGGUGCGUGACCCGGCGCUGCUGGUGGCAUCGGGAGGCAUGGGUCCUCUAUCCGAGGCGCUUGCUGAGGGAAUCUACAAAGCCCCAGAAAGUUUGACAUCGGCUUUCCUCUACCUCCUGGAUUCGCCUAAGAAGCGGAAGUACCUCCAACCAGGAUAUGGACUCGAGGUUCUCUUCACCGUCUUUACCGAUCAACUUUUUAACAACGAGCACGUUCUCAAGCAAAAUUCCAAGGCCAUCGCCACAGCCUUGAAGUCAUGGCCGGGCCUGAUGUCUCUUUGCAUGUACGACCUACGCUCCAUCCGAUCCCUCACCACAAGUAUGCUACUACCAAGCCCUGCGAUCCGCGAGACAGUCAUCGAUCUUGUGUUUUCGUUGCUUCGGAUCAAGUCGCCUGCUUGGGCCACGUCCUUCCUCGCUGGGCGCAGAUUGACGACAUACGGCCGAGUAGCCAACCUGAAGUCGUCAACUGGCAGAGAAAGGGGGCAAACAUUGUAUGUGGAAGAAGAGACUGGCGAGCAAAACUUUGUCGAACAUUACACUGCUCUACUGUUGGCCGUCUUUAUCAAGUCCAACCUUCUCCCCAUCCUCCUCAAGAUCGCCCAAGAGGAUGAGAAUGCUACUCUCAAGCGCAAGACAACUCUGCUGAUUGGAGAGGUGCUCAAGCUCGCCAGCCGACUCCUUCCUCCUUCAUGGAGCGCAGAGCUCCAUCUUUUGCCUGACCUUUUCUCUGCAGCGGCCAAGGUAUCGAAUGACGAUCACUUUGUUGCAUCAGGCAUAGUCUAUCAGAUCAGCAGUGUCAGUCGAACGCUAUACAGGAGCGCUCCCUCAGGACCAGUAUCCGGUGCGCUGCCUUCCAGUCACAGCAUGGCAGACUUGGUGUCGCUGGAGGACACCCCGAAGACAACCGCCGCAAUCGUGUUUGAUGAUGCCACGUUCAGGCAACUGCUUAUCGACACAAACGUACUCAACAGCUCCAACUACGCAAAAUGGAACUGGGAAAAUAUUGUGAAAGUGUUUGACGGGCCCCUUCAAAGCGGGAAACGGCUCGAAGAGGCUAUCAAGGCGUCAAAGUUCAUGAAGAGGAUCAUGAGCUUUUACCGGCCGUUCAAGUUCAAGUUUGCUGAAAUCAAAAACACACGAAACACUCAGAAGUACGUCAAGGCGGGUUGUGCGCUCAUGCACUCGUUGCUACAAUCGGUGGAGGGCAUCAAGUUCCUUGCGGACAGCAAACUAUUGAGGCAGAUUGCUGAAUGUCUUGCUCAGUGCGAUCCAACCAGUGGCAUUUCAGCCCAAUAUCCCAUGUUCUCAAGAGAUCGAAUAACUGAUAGUCUCUGUGGCGGCUACUUUCCCAUGCUAGGGGUCCUCAGUGGCGACCCCAAAGGACUCCAGGUCAUGGAGAGAUGGAAAAUGUUCAACAUGAUGUAUCACAUUGUGGACUUGAAGCAACGGCCGGACCUUAUCAAGCUGCUCCUGUCAAGUUUUGACUACAGCGUCCAAGGUCACCCUCGCGUUUUGGUUUCCAAGGCUUUGACUGCGGGUACUAAGGACAUCCGAAUCCAUGCAACAAACGCCCUUCGCAAGUAUGCCAUCCGGCCAAUUCCCUCGGUCAACGGCCAAGGAGGAGUGAGUGAUUCCAAGUGGGCGAUCCAGCUCCUUGUAACCCAACUCUACGAUCCGGAAAUCGAAGUAUGUGCGACAGCGGUCAAGAUUCUGGAGAAAGCAUGCAACAGGAAGACAUAUUUAGAGUAUAUCGUCGAAUGUAGGCCUGCACUCGAUCAUCUAGGAGAGAUUGGAGCACCAUUGCUCCUACGAUUUUUGUCCACGUCGAUUGGAUACCAUUACUUGGAUGGCUUGGACUACAUCAGCAACGAAAUGGAUGAUUGGUUCUUGGGGCGCAACGAUACCUAUGUCAGCGUUAUCGAAGCCAGCUUAGCAAAGGAUUUCCUUGUCGAUCCGGAUGAGGGCAGUCAUAGGAUGAGUCUGUUUGACGAUGGCGAGGCUGAUGCCGAUUUCCACGAUAGCCAUGUGCCACCGCAUUUCUACCGAGAGUUGACCCGUACCCAGGAGGGGUGCAGGCUUCUCAGCGAUAAAGGUCACUUUGAAGAGUUUGUGGCCACAAUCCGCGAACACAAAAUGCAGACGAGCGACCCUGAAAUUCUUACCAAAGUCAAGGGCUGCCUCUGGGCGGUGGGCAAUGUUGGGUCGAUGGAGCUCGGAGCACCCUUCCUCGAGUCUAGUGACGUGGUGGAACAGAUUAUCGAGAUUGCCGAGUCGCAUGAGGUGAUGAGCCUCCGAGGCACGGCGUUCUUCGUCUUGGGUUUGAUCUCUCGCUCUACUCAUGGCCUGGAGAUCUUGUCGGAGAAUGGCUGGGACGCGAAUACGACGCCUCUAGGCACGUCACUUGGAUUCUGUAUUCCGGCCGACUUGUCGAAGCUAUUGUCUCUGAAACCGUGGAAGCAGAAGACUGUCGCAUCUAUCACUGUCCCCAUGACGCAGCGGACUGCACCUGAGGCCCCUCCUCGGCGCGCGGCUCGUCCACCCCUGGAGCCUGGAGAGAUUAUACCGCUGAUGAGCGAUGAAGACGUGAACAAGCGAGUCCUUGAGCUCAUCGUUGACCUAGGGAAUAUGGUUCUCUACAAGAAAGCGGUCACGGAGUUGCAGAAACUGCGACAACGCAAGCCAAGCGCCUUCCGAAGCAAGGAGUUCUUCAAGGAGGUCAUGGGUGCGAUGGAAUGGAACCACUACCGGCUGGGAGUGCGCAGGAUGGUAAUUGACUUGUUCGACAAGAACGUGAUGCGUCAGAUCGUCUUUGAUGAGGAAGAGGGGGACAGUGACAGCAGCGAUGAUGACGAUAGCGCGAGCGAGAACGAUAGCGGCGAUGGAGAUGGCAGCUCGGCAGACGACAGGACGGAGAGGCAGAGAAGCAUCAGCGAGCCGAUGGACGUGCCGCCCAACUUAGGAGGCAUCAUGGUUCAGGGACGGGUGCUUGUUAUUGCGGGCUCAGACAGCUCGGGCGGGGCCGGCCUCGAGGCAGACCAGAAGGUCAUCGCAGCGCAUGGCUGCUACGCCAUGACGGCCACCACAGCCCUGACGGCGCAGAACACGCAGGGCGUCAAGGGGAUCCAUGUCAUUCCCGCCGAGUUCGUAGCCCAGCAGAUCGAGGCGUGUAUCGAGGAUGUGGGCGUCGAUGUCGUCAAGACGGGCAUGUUGGCCGCCGCAGACACGAUAGAGAUGGUCUCGAGAAUGGUUACCAAGCACAAGAUCCCCGUCUUAGUUGUCGAUCCCGUCAUGGUCUCAACCUCGGGCGCCCAGCUCCUCCCCCACGAGGCCAUCAAGCAGCUCUCACAGCACCUACUCCCGCACACCACGGUGCUGACGCCCAACAUCCCAGAGGCAGCCUUGGUGCUCGCGCAGAACGGCCGCCCGGAGGUCGACAUCCGCUCCCCAGACGACCUCGAGACGGUGGCGCGGGAGAUCCACGCCCUGGGCCCCAAGUGGGUGCUCGUCAAGGGCGGGCAUCGGCCCUUCAAGGAGGAUCUGACGGUAGCUGAGACGGAGGAGGAGAGGAAGGUCGUGGUGGAUGUCUUGGUCGGUGGCGACGGAGAGGUGUUCCGGGUCAAGAGCCCGUAUCAGUCGAGCACGAGUACUCAUGGCACGGGAUGCUCCCUGGCUUCGGCCAUUGCGGCAAACCUGGCCAAGGGGCUUGAUGCGCCCAGCGCCGUCCGCUCAGCCUGUCGAUAUAUCGAGGGAGCCAUCCGGACGGCACCAGGUCUAGGCAAAGGACAUGGCCCUCUCAACCACUUCCACUCGACUUACACGUUGCCAUUCUCACCGGGCUACUUCCUCGAGUACCUUCUCGAGCGGCCAGACGUCAGGGACGUGUGGAAGCAGUUUGUACACCACCCGUUCGUCAUGGCCAUGGGUGACGGAACGCUGCCGCUGGAGUCGUUCAAGGGGUACAUCAUCCAAGACUAUCUCUACCUCAUUCACUUCUCACGAGCCAACGCCCUCGCGGCUUACAAGGCGCAGAAUGCCGAGGAUAUCUCAAGAGCAAGCGAGAUCGUCGCGCACAUCAUGCACGAGCUGAAACUGCACACAUCCUACUGCAACUCCUUCGCCUGCACCGCUUACACCCGCUACGUCCUCGACGUCGGCCAGACCAGCGACUGGCUCGGGCUCCAGAUGGCCCUGGCCCCCUGUCUCCUCGGCUACGGGGCCGUCGCCCAGAUGCUGCACGGCCACGCGGAUACGCGGCACGAGGGCAACACGUAUUGGGCGUGGAUCAAGAACUACGUUGCGGAUGACUAUGUCGAAGCCGUUACGCUUGGAUCAGAGUUACUCGAGAAGCAUAUCCUUCUCCAGUCACCGACUCGAGUUGAAGAGCUGGUCAAGAUUUUUAUCCAUGCAUUGAAGAUGGAAAUUGGCUUCUGGGAAAUGUACCCCUCCAAGUAG